CUCUGGGCUGGUCCUGACGGGCUGGCUGAGCUCCGGACGGCUGUCUGUGUGCUUCAGACGGUCGUGGGGGAGACUAUCAUCAACGCUCAGCGUCUCCUCGAGUGCUCUGAGGAAAAACAAAUUUAUAAAAAAAAGCUGAAGAGACACGGGGAGAACUGCGACAAAAGAAAGCAAACAACCCCACCUCGGCAUCUGGAAACGCACCGAAGAAGAAGGAGACGAUCCUCCCCCUCUACCCCACACCCCGUCGCCAACCCGCCCUAUCUACCCUACCCACCACUUCGUGCCAUCCCUGUGGUCUGAUCUGCCCUCCCACCCCCCACCAGGAGAACCACGAGCACCCAUAGGAAACCCCCACUUGACCAGCGUUGCCAUUAAGCGAUGCGCUUUGAAUUUAGGAAGAAAUCACCUAUGCGUUUUUGAUGCAGAAUACAACCAGUGGUCUUCAUUUUUCCUCAGUGGGAACAGUUAAGGCUACGGAUCUGGGUGUUUACACUUUUUUGACGGGUUUCCAGUGGCAUGAUAACAUGCAGCAUAUAUCAUCCCACGGCAACAGACAAGGCUGUCAUUCCAUAGAUUAGUCUUUAUUUACACAACCAGCUGUCACAUAAGCUGCGUUUGAGCUUAUGUUUGAUUUUUCCAUGCUUACAAAUAAUCCUGACAAUGGUCUGGGAACGGACCGCCUCUCCAGACACCUAGUAAUAUUUUCUCAAGACGUGUCAGAUCUAUAUUUCGUUUCUAUCGAAGAGAAAGCGACAAAUUGACGAGGAGUCACUUGACACCGACGCCGUUUUCGAGCCACAGGACUUUGCGUGCGAAGUUUGCACCGGGAAGAGGGGGACCGAGGCGGAGAUAUCUCGGCUGUAUCCACGGCAUUUUCCCUGCAAGGUGGGAGGUCGGUGGGUUGCGGUCAUGCUGUCCCUGGACGAGCCCCUGGACCUUAAGCUGCCUCGACGGGCCAAUGGACGGGACAGAGGGGCUCGCUCACCCCCACUCUCCCCGCUGCACCCCAAGCGAGCUCGCCAGCUCCGCAUGGCAGAUGAUGGCACUGCAGUCAUAGAGCCAGCCUCGCCAGCUUCUCCGCGCACAGGUGUGCAGGUGAUCCCUCACGAUCGAACAGACACCCCCACCCCCCCUGCAGUGGACCUGAGCAUGUCUCCCUCCUCCCGCCACACCCCAAGCUCUCCAGAAAUGACCAACGGCAACUAUGUCCCCUCAGGGAAUUCUCACAUUUCACAGGCCUUUCAGUUUUUUGUGCCAAUCGGAGCUGGGGCAGGACUUCACCUGCCAUCCUCCAUGUUCAUUGGCCAGACGAGUGACAAGAGAGCCUCUCCUGACCUGUCAGCAGAUGAACAGCUGGCCUGCCGCUGGAGGAAGUGCCAUCUGCUCUUUGACUCCCUGCAAGACCUGGUAGACCAUGUCAACGACUUCCAUGUGAAGCCUGAGAAGGAUUCUGGGUACUGCUGCCACUGGGAGGGCUGUGCUCGCAAAGGCAGGGGGUUCAAUGCUAGGUACAAGAUGCUCAUCCACAUCCGCACUCACACUAACGAGAAGCCCCACCGCUGUCCCACCUGCAACAAGAGCUUCUCACGUCUGGAGAACCUUAAGAUACACAACCGUUCACACACAGGUGAAAAGCCCUACAUUUGUCCAUAUGAGGGCUGCAACAAGCGUUACUCCAACUCCAGUGAUCGCUUCAAACACACGCGCACACACUACGUGGACAAGCCCUACUACUGCAAGAUGGUGGGCUGCCUGAAGCGCUACACAGACCCCAGCUCUCUCCGCAAGCACAUCAAAGCUCACGGCCACUUUGUGGCUCAGGAGCAGGGCUCGCCAGGUGGGGUGGGUUCCCUGCUGAAAGGGAGUCAGAGUGGCGGGCUUGCGAGUGGAGGAGGGAAGGAUUCAGAGCUGUCUUAUGUGAGUGGAGCCCACAUUAUCAUCCCAGGGGCAGCGGCUGCUCUUCUGGGAGGCCAUGCUCUGCAGGGCCUGAGUGGCGCCGUUCCCCUGUCUCCCCUCAGUCCUCGGCCCCUGGACCUCAGCUCACUGGGUUGCCCCAACUCACCUCCAGGCAGCUUGGGAGGCACACCCAUCCUGUCCUUUAACGGCUCCCCGCUGGGCCUGGCCAAGUCUCCUCUUCUCUCCCCUGCAUUCCCCUCUUCAGCCCUGGGCCUGCCAAUGGUGCCCAUGCUGGGGGCAGCAUCUGAGCGCAGGUCCCAGAGCCAGCAGGCCAAGAAGGGCCAGGGGGAGGAGGCCGAGAACGAGGUGACUGGGGGGGUCCUCAACCUCUCCACAGGAGGGUCUCAUGAUCCCCUGUCAUGGGUGGUCAUUCCUCCAGGCACCGUGGUGCUCAAGCCAGCUGUGGUCAACUGAUACAUAUACACACACAUAUACACACACAUUCCAGAAGAGCUCAGGGGGUUGGGAUGGGAGGGUGGAUGCCAUAGUAAGGGUAUGGGUUGUCAAAGGUGAUAGGGAUUGACUUGCACAAUCAAAUCCAGGCAAUGCAUUUCAGAGAGAGGGUGGAAAAGGAAAAAAAAAUUAUAGAGAAACCUAUCAAAACUACAAUCAAGAAAACAACAGAUAACUCUACACCUCACAAGAAUUAAGAAUACAACGCAAGCCUCUUUUAUUGUUGGGAAACCAAGGGGCCCAAGAACUCUGUUCAGGAACAUGUAUGGUUUGGCUCCUUGUUGCUUAUUUUAUACUCCAUUCAUUCCUAUUUGCUGGUUCUGUGGAGACAGGGACCAUGAACGUGACAGUCUUAGUGCUCUGUGUUCUUACAAAAGUCCUGAUUCAUUGACAAGUAUUUAUAUGACUGUACUUCAUCGACAGUGUGCCUCCAGCUUAGCAGUGAGAUAGAUACACCAUGAAACUGAAUGACGCACUCACAGUUGGGCAAACUUGCACAUAAUAGGAAGAUUCUCCACAGCUGAUUUUAAAGUUAUGACCUAUUUUUCACAGGCUGCUGUGAUUAAUAUGAUUCAGACAAGCUUGCGAUACCAAAGCAAGUGAACUCAAACUGUCUUGGAUUUGUGCAGGAGAGGGUUCUGAGACAGUUCAGUUAAACACAGCACUCAUAGUGUCAACUGGUUAUAGUAUUGAAACCUCAAAACUGCUGCUAACGUCUCAGCUUCACCAGUGUAACCUAAACUGGGAGAGAGCACUUUUGACAAUCUGUCCCCAUUUCGGGGAGGGUGACCAACAUGGACCAGCCUAGUCCACCAGAAUGUGUACCAGGCGUGCAGACUAGGGGCUUUUAGGGCACAGAGCGAUCUGAGGACUUAAUACAGACAAAUGGUGUUACAUCACCUGGCAAUGACCAAUCAUCACUUCCUCUUUUACACAAGUGAAAUUUAGGCACUGGUGUGUCUGGCUCCCCCCUCUGGUUGGACACAAUACACAACAUCCUUCUUGCCAUUUACAGAACUAGCACUGUUUUGCUCUUGGAUUGUCCAGCUGCUUUCCCGUAAUUGAAUCAACACGGCCAGUUUGUGUAUGAAAGGGCCACUGUGGUGAUAAACACUAGUGUCUUGUAUUUUUUAAAAGUGACCCUACCCAAAACCAGCUGUGAAAAGCAGGUGGUCAUCCAAUUGAAGCCCAACUUAGCCUUGUCGGUUGAAGUUUUGUCCCAAGUUCAACAACUCUCACGCUGUGCCAAAAAUACCCAGAGAGGGUAAAGUGGGAUGUAUGUAUUGUGCCACAGAGGGGGGUGUGAUGCACUCAAUGCCACAUACAGCUGGACUGACUAGGAAGCCACACUAUUGCAAACUGCCUCAUUUUACUCUGUCCAAAGGGGCAAAAAAAAAAGACAAAAAAAGACUCGUUUGACUUCUGGGAAAACUUUUCUCAUGGUUCGAUUAAGCAGUCAACAUGCACUUACCACAAACUAUAUUCCUUACAUGUUUUAUGAAAUGUUACUCUUAAGUCAUGGUUCUUUAAAAACUAGUUUGCUCUUAUUCCAUUUUUCUGCAAGGGUCAUUUUUGCUGUGGGGUCCUUCUGAGCUUGUGUUGUUCAGUGGUAAAUGCAUGUAUGAUGUUGACUGCUGUCGCCACAGAGGAGAGGUAGGGGAGCAGGAGAGGAUCAUCACAACACAAGGAACUCCCUCAAGAGACUGACACACUCAACCCUCCUCUCUCUUGUCACUCCUCCAUCUCUCCUCUUGCCCACCUGCCUGUGUUGUGGGUCUUAACUUUUCCAUCGCCCAGUCUUAGAACAUCAGUAGACAUCAGUUAUUGCUGUUUUAUAUUUUUGUCAUUAUUUUUUGCUGUUGUUCAGACGAGACAUUUUUUCUGAUGUUGAAGUUGCUUCUUGUGUUCUGCAAUGGCUGCUCUGUAAUCAGCUUUCUGCUGUUGCAGGUGAGUCCUUUUAGGGAGUGAAGAGAAGAAGAGAGAGAGAGGUUUGGGUGGUCCUCCUGGGCAGUGUUUCCCAACCCGGGGGUCCUAUGAUAAAUCUGAAGGGUCACAAAAUGAUUUAAUGGUCAGUGGUAAUUUUUGCUUUUUAGCCAUGCUUGGUAGUGUAGCUCAGUGGAUUGCAGUGUCAGUCUGUUGUUCGGUCCAUGCCUUUGUUCCAAAUAGCAUGGGCUAGCCAUGAAAUUUUGUACAGACGUUCUUGGUGUCCAGAGGAUGAAUUCCCUAACUUUCCUUUAGAAAUCACAGUUUUGUUGAACUGCUCACAACAAUAUGUCUAAAAUUAGGCCAUGAACAUUGAUUAUGGAUCAUAUGUUCAGAUUAUUUUGCUUUAAUUUAAGGGAUCACAGUCCAAAAAGGUUGGAAACCACAGCUCUAGGGGGAUAUAUGGUGGACCAAAUGAUAUCACACUCCUCCAUGACAAUCACAUUGGUGUUUGACAGAUAAUUCAAAUAGGAAAUGGUCAUAAAAUAUUUCUGGAUCUAUUUGUGUAUCCUAACACCAAAUUAUCUUGCGGUUAAAUUGGAUUUGCAAACUCUGCUCCCUUUGUUCUGACUUUUAAUUUUCACAGUCAGAUGAAGGGAAAGCAAAGAGAACUAACAUUCGACUGCAAAAUGGCAGGCAGCACUGGGAGAGCGUGAGAGCAAACAGGGAAAGGAUUGGCUGAAUGAAUAAAUGAAUGGACAGGGGAUAGGGAGAGAUGAGGGGAGAGGCUGUGUGCCAGCAGAGGAAAAGAGGCAGAGGAUAGCUGUGCUGUGCAGCCGCCCUCCAUCUGGCCACCUACCCAGCAAACGGCCCUCUCAGCUCUGAAGUCACUGGCUGUGCUGUGCCCAAUGUGGCAGCCACUCACAGGCAUACCAGCCUGCAGAAAACUAGGCCACUGAACUCUGCCUGCCCUCUGGGUUUUUUUUCUUUUUUUAUAGAUUAAACCCAAAAGGCUCAGCUCCCCCACCUCCCGGCCACAAAGCUUUUUACCAGAGAUGGGAGAAACAGGCAAACUAACAAGCUGCAUUCACAGUAAACAAAAACAAGUAUCAUCCAACCCGUCUGAGGCUGAGCUCUGUGUUGGGCUGCCCACAGGUCUACGAACGUUCACAGCAGAGAUGAACUGCAUACCUGUGUUUCCGCCUCAGUAAUUCUUAGUCAUCAUUAUCUCAGGCGCCGACUGCCCCCACUCCUGCCCCCACCCCACACACACACACACACACACACACACACACACACACACACACACACACACACACACACACACACACACACACACACACACACACAUACACCAGUGGCCUAUCUCUGGGUUCAGGCUGGUUAUUGAAGCGAAUCUCUCAUUUUGAGUGGACAAUCCUGGCAUGUGAUGUCAUCAGAAACAGGUGUUAAGUAGGCUAGACAUGGUUUCCGUGGCAACAGUGAAACCCACAGAUGUGGCGGCUCUCCUCCUCCUCCUCCCUGUCUGUCUCUCCUCUGCUGGUCGAAGCCAGGGACAGAGACUCAUCACAGCGGCAGAAAGCUGAAUAACAUGACACGGAUCCUUCCAGGGUCCACAUCUUUUCAAUAUUAAAUAAGCUGUAUGAUCCAUUAACCCUUUGAGCUCAGUCUGUAAUAAACUGCACUUUUGUACCCCUCAUAGCGUGUUUAGAUAUGGGGAUGCUGCCGCAUCCUUUCUCACUGCAGAGCGUAAUUCAUCAGUCGAUUUGAGAACCAAUAAUUGUAAAAUUCCUCAGUUGCUAAGAUGUCUGAAUUUAAACUCUUAUCUCUUUUGACAUUAUAAAAGCGGUACUUGCUCCUGGAGAUUUUAAAGUAACCUUUGCUUAAUGCUAUAAAAGUGGAACUAAAAUCCAGGGCACAAAAAAUGUGCUAGCUAGCUAGGUCAGUGCCAUUGACUGAAGUGCCACAGUGUUGCACAAAGGGUUAAUGAUAAGACUAAGGCCAUGCAAGGCCUGUUCCAAGUUAUGUUUUCUUUGCACAUUUGUGAGAUAUUAUGUCAGUAUUUGAAUUUUUCCAAGUGCCUUUUUAUUAUAGGUAAAAAUAUAGAAGUUAUACUCUAUAUGAAAAAAAAAUGAUUAUAUGAAAAUAUAUUUUUCCUGGCAUC